UACCACUGUGGUCAUCCUCGUCGUUGUUGUUGCCGUUAUCGUUGUUAUUAUUACUAGUACCAUUUCCAUUGAUAAUAUUAGCGUCGUUCCCACUGUCGUCGGUACAGCCAGAGGCCCGCGUGGCCUACUAAAAUGACCGCUCGUCUUCACUCGUUGAGGCACCAAGAGAAGAAAUUGGCUGGCAACGCUCACAGACAGCAUCACCAUCAGCAAUCUCAAAAUCAGCAAAGCGCGCAUCAGGGUGCCAGUCCGGCUGCCAGCCCUAGCCCUAGUCUCAGCCCGAGCCCUAAACACUCGGACGGUCGUCGAGCUAAUAAACCACUAAUGGAAAAGCGACGGCGAGCGAGGAUCAAUCAGUCGUUGGCGGCGCUAAAGGCGCUUAUACUUGACAGCGCCCGACUAGAGAACACGAAGCAUAGCAAACUCGAGAAAGCUGACAUUUUGGAGUUAACGGUUCGGCAUUUGCAAAGGCAGCGAUCUCUUGCUCAGCCAGGUUUAUCGAGAUACAAGGCCGGCUAUCAAGAUUGCUCUAGGGAGGUGAGCCGGUACCUCGAUGCCCCGGACAUAAUCACGGGGAACACGACACCCAUGGACCCGGCGGUGAAACAGAGGUUACUGAGACAUUUGGACAGUUGCGUGUCAGAAUUGGACUUGGACCUAGGUUCGAGGCCGGAUAGCGGAUUAGGCAGCAGUCCCGGAAGCGUGACGGAUCGAGUGACGGGUGCGGGCAGCCCCGGCCCGUUAGACCAUCACGUACCAUCGGUCGCGCGUCGUAGUACCUCGCUAAAUCCGGCUGGCUCGAUAAAAGCCGAAAUUCCGGAUAUCGAACCAGCCAGACCGGAUAGCAGUACUACCGCCGGCGAUGAAAACAACAAUAAUAGCAGCGGCGGUAGCAAUAGCAAUAAUGGGCCAAGUACCGCGUUUGGUCAGGUUAACGGCAACCUUGACUCCCAUCUCCAUCCUCCCUCCGUUCCCGCUCCGUCCGGCAUACCGGUCAUCGAUCAGGCUUCCAGUUCUCAGCAGAAUCCGAACAUGCUGUCGGUGGUGCAGGUGAUACCCUCCAGGUUACCCGACGGUCAAGUGGUUUUCCUGCUUCCCAGUCAUUACGUUCAAUUGGCGGCCGCCNNNNCGGCCGCCGCCGCCGCGAACGGCAUCAACAUCGGCCCGAAUCCACCGACGGCCGUGUGGGCCGCGACCAACAUGUCCUUUCUGAAGGCGACGGACAAGUUGGCGAAACGGCACCACGAGGACGCGCAAGAAUGGCAGGACGCGGUUUCCGUGGCCGCGAACGGCACCGCCGCCAUUGCCGUUACCGCUACAGCUACUGCUACCGCUGCCGCUACCACGUCCGUCAACGCUUCCGUUUCCGCUUCCAUUUCCGCAUCCGCCCCCGUUUCCACCUUCGUCGCCGCCAAUGUUCUGUCCGGCUCGAGAUCCAAUAAGAGUCCGAAGCUCGAGCAAACGGAGCAACCUCUCGAUUUCACCACUACCUCCAAGAAGCUGAAAAGCGGUACGAAGAGCACGGUGCCUGUUCUUCAGCACCACCACCUCCAUCAUCACCAGCCCCAGCAGCAGUUUACCGCCAGCAAUUUAUCGAUGGAAGGAUCGAUCGCGCACGAAGAGAGAUCCUUUCAUCGAGCGAACAGCGAAUUCGUAACAGGAAUUCACUCGCCGUCUCCCCUUCCUCAGCAGCCGAUGAAGGACGAAGAAGGAAUGUGGAGGCCUUGGUAAACUGCUCCCCGCCGACGAUCGCUACACGGAAGUAUUCGUACGCGUCAGUGCUGGUGAACUGGUGCACUCGUGUCAUAUGUGUCGAUCAGUUUCGCGUGAUUCUUCGCGCGAAAGAAAGGGAUUGUGUCGAGCACGAUGACGCGCCGACGGAUUAUCGACGUUCACGAGCCGAGACCGAACGAUUCGUGCUUCGAAAUAAUUACCGAUCGGUUCCUUCGAGCGCGGAACAGUGCGCGGAGACGAGAACAACCGAAUAAUAUAAAUUAUCCGAAAUGUUAGAAAUUGAACAAACGUUAUUCGUUUAAAAUGUUAAAAAGUAACGAUGUAAGUACGUACAUGUAUAUGAUAAAGAUUUAGCACGCGUAGAAUGCGAGCAACGAGAAA